UUACUGGACCACCUGCAGUUGGUCUUACGUUGCGUUACACUUACGUUCAUUGUGUCACGGUCUAUGUUGUUGAAUGACGACUGGCGCUUCAUGACACGCACCGCUUUGUGGUCCAUGUCGAAGCUAUGGGUAGUAUAAAACACGCGAGUGUUUAGGAUGGGCACCCCAUCAACUCGAACAUCUCAAAUAUUCUGUAGCACAGAUUUUAUAUUUCAGCUUCAAUCAGUCCAGUAUGGCAUACAUGCAACCCAACCAAUCGAUUGUGAACUCUGGUGGAGCCGGGUCUCCUGGGUACUACGCUUGGCAAGCCAAUCCUGCCCCUCACCCCUUGACGAUAGGUACCGAGAUGCCACUAUAUUGGGGCGCCAGCAAUGGAAGACAAGUGAAGCGUGUUCCACGCUUGCGGGAAUUUACUCCUUCUCAGCAGAGCUUCCCCGGCAUCCUUUUUAGCGUUAAUGGUUGGGGCGGUGUUACAGUUGUUGAUUAUCCGACUGACAUGGUAUUCGCUCAUCACGGCUGGCGAACAACUACUCUGGCACUAAAUUGGCCCGGAUACAUACCCAACCGUUCUUCGGAUGCGUCUCGUCGUCGCUUUAGCACAUAUAUGAAUGGUAACAUACCGAUGACUCGUCAGGGGUUCGCCAAAGUGAUUGCCGAGCUGAUUCAAGAUCUUUACCACUGUGCAAAGGACAAGCCCGUUGCACGUGGUUGGGAAGAUUGGGGAUUCAGCGAAAACAAAGUUGAUCCGUCGAAGGUGUUUAUCCUAUCGGCCCAUUAUUACAGGAAUGUUUGGGUCCCUGAGCUCUACGUCGAUAUACCAUGAUACGACACAAUAGCACAGACAUAUAUCUUUAAUUUUCAAGUCACUAACAUUCCCUAUACGAAUCACGACACUCCAUUGCGCCUACCUUACAAUGUCAUUAAUUCAUUAGCCGGUCUAAUGUUUAUCGUUUUUAUUAGGUACUAGCUAUCACGCGCAUGCAUAUCGAUCGUACCCUAUUUGAGCACAAA